GAACCCCUCAGGGACCCCCAUACACAUCCAGCCGGCGCUGAGUGAUGACGUAGCGGGGAGCUGCAGUCACCUGACACCAGGCGCUAGUUAACCCCUGCGGUCCUGGUCACUUGUGUAUACCAAGGUGGCGAUUCAGUUCAUGCCGGGAUCACUGAUGGGUGCAGUAGUUGAUGUGAUUACUUGGGCACUGUGGUGAGGAAGCAUCAGUGCUAUGCCAGCGUAGUCACAGAACAGCUGCACCAUGAAGUUCAAAUCCAACAUCUGCCUGUCUGCCGCCCUGGUCAGCCUGGCCCUGUGUGUGCUGCUGUGGCGGGAUGGAAGAUAUAAGGCCCGGGCGAAAUCAGUCUUUAAUUUCCUAAGACCAACGUCACGACAGCUCUACAAACUGGACGCCGGCUGGCCAAGAAGCCCUGGGGGAAUUACAGGAGUGCCCUAUGACGUCGCUGUGGAUCACCUGAACUCACUGGUUUAUGUCGCUCAGAGAGGGGACAAUGUGUCCAAAGUGCUGGUCUUUACAGAGGACGGAUACUUCAAGGCCGCCUGGAAAACACACACACUUGAGAUGCCUCAUGGUAUAUUUGCAGUGACUGAUGAGAAAAACGUAAAGUCCAUCUGGAUAACGGACGUGGGGCAAGGACCUUAUGGACACACGGUAAAACAGUACUCUCCAUCUGGAGUGCUCCUUAAAACCCUGGGGACACCAGGUAUAGCCGGCUCUCGUCUGAGUCCCCUCCAGUUCGAUCAGCCUGCAGACAUUUUCAUUAAGGAGGAAGAUGAAAUCUAUAUCGUGGAUGGAGAUGGAGGGAUGAACAACAGACUUCUCAAGCUGACGGAUGACUUCAGCUUGCAGUGGACUCUGGGAGGUAAUGGAACGAAACCUUCCCAAUUGUACAUACCUCACAGCGUGGCCAUGGAUGAUGUUGGUCGUAUCUGGGUGGCAGAUCGUGGGAAUAAAAGGAUACAGGUGUUUGAUGCUAUGACCGCAGAGUGGAUUGGAACCUGGGACAGCUGUUUCUCAGAAGAUGGCCCUUAUUCAGUCAGGUUCACAUCGGACAAGAAGUAUGUUGUCGUGGCCCAGCUGAACAUAAGUAGACUGCUUUUCUUGGCUGUACCUCCAGUCGGGGCAAUUGGAGACUGCAAUGUUGUCAACACCAUCCAGAUGGCUGAUGGGGUCCGACCUCACCUCGUAGAUGUCAAUGUUGAAACCGGUUCCAUAUAUGUUGCAGAACUUGGUGCUGAACAAGUUCAAAAAUAUGUGCCCCUUUAAGAAAAAGAGCUAUAACUGAGAAGUAACACUAGAACUCUCUAGGAUGACGUCUUGAAUCCUGCUGGUGCCAUUCACUGUAGCUUCUUCUAUUUCCUUAACUUUUGUUGAGAAGUCUUUAUGAUUGUGACCUUUUAAAUGUAAGUCUGUUUAUGUCAUAUCCUAUGUAAAUGUUCAGUCUCCCUUAUAUUGAGGGAACGCUCUAUCAAUUCUUUCAAUCUCAUUUGAAGGAGUUGUCCACUCUUUUGUAUAUGAUGGCCUAUCCUCAGGAUAGACCAUCAAAAUCUGAUCGUGGGGGUCCAGCACCCAGUACCCCACCAUUCAGCUGUUCUGGAGUUUCACGGGCGCUGGAACAACCGCUCAAUCCGUUGUGCAGUGGACAGAGCUGAUAACUGCAGUGCUGCUCCUUUAUUCUAGACUUCAUCCACAUGCCAUGCAUUAAUCUAUUGCUGCUCAGCAUCAUUUCUAAACCUCUUCUGUUGAGUGGGUCCUUACUCCCUACCUCCUUCACUCACUUCAGUAGGAGCAGUGCUGCAGUUUGACCCCGCCUAUCAGUUACUGAUGGUCUAUCCGCACUUGUAAAGGAGUGGACAACCCCUUUAAUAGUUCAGAUCUAAGUUUCCACCAAAACUGUCUUGAUAGGCCAUAAUCUUGCAAGUCUCAAAGAGCAAAAUGUACUAAUCCCCUAGGGGACAAAGGGGUAAAACAACAUUUAAUAAGAAUGUUUCUAAAAUAAAAUUCUAAAAUAAAUUGGCGCUAAAGGAGGAACCUCUAAGACAAACAAACAUGAGACAGCCCAGCGGGCCUAAACUAGACAUGCACAGUAUGGUGACAGAAAUAUAUAAAAACAGGAACGUUCUCACCCAUGUAUGGAGUUAGAUGGCGGAAUCUCUUUCGUGUUGCUGAUGUCAAACGAUGGACAUUAAUCAUGUGUCGCCAUACCGGAACGGUGCCAGCGUAUUCACCCCAGCAUAGACAGGAAUCUGGAGCCACGGGCCCUAGAAAACCCUACUAGAGGGGCAGGGGCUAAUACGCCCUACCUGUCUAUACGAGGUACUUGCCCCGCAAGGGGCGUCCCCGUCCGGAUACCUAUCCCUAUUAGGGACGGAAUCCCUAGUACACCCUAUUCAGGUAACUCCCGACGUGUCACGUUUCAUUCAGCAAACUCAUCAGGGGAGAUGUACAUAUGUAAUGUCAAGCAAUGGGGCUUGCAUUACAAAACAAAAAAAUUGGUAAGGGGAGGAUUGAUGAAGGAUAUUCAAGAAAAACACAGGGGGUUGGUCAAUCGGACUCAAACCACCUUGAAUAACCAAAACAACCCAGUUAGCUUAAUUGCAGGCACACCAGUGGGUGAUGCCUGCCAGAGUCAAAGUCUGACCCUAGGAUAUAUGCGAUCCAAUUUGGCUGUCAGCAAGGAGUGCCUACCUGUCAGCGCCUUUCAAAUGUAACAAGUCGCGCGCCAGUGUUUCCGAUCCGCCCUACUUCCGGUCACGUGACACCGGGUACAGGAAGUCACGUGACCGGUGGAACGCAAGGAUGUGGGCCGGCAAUCAUCGGCGCCGCGUCCCAGAGCCUGCGAUGCCAGUGAUGAUGCUGCAAAUCACGUGAUAAAGCACAUGAUCGGACUAAGCUGGCCCUAGAGCGCAGCGCCGCCAAUGCGCCACGCCUACGGGGGGAAGAAACGGAUUCAAAUAUAACAACUAAAAUUCAGUUGCUCAUUUAAGCCCAAUGGGGCCAUAGUUUUUAAAUAGUAAAUCCAACGGGUCUCACGCUGAAGGAUAGCGCGGUCCCAGUGCCCCCCACGCCUUUGGGGGGAAGAUCCGAUCGAUGUCCAUAACUGAGAUACGGGCUUUCCCAUUGUGGUAAUUGUGGAUGUGAUUAGCCACAGGUGUAUCUUUGGCCUUAGAUAUAUCAUUUAGAUGUUCCCCAAUUCGUCUGCAAAACUCGCGGAUGGUCUUGCCCACAUAUCCUCUGCCACACUCACAUGUAAGAAGAUAUAUCACUCCGCGGGUUCGGCAAUUCAUGAAGUGGUGAAUGGAGUAUUCUUUACCUGUGACUGCACUGCUGAAAACCUUCCCUGAUUUUUGGGAGUAAAAGGUCAAGCUUGUUCACUUGGCCUCACUGAGUGUCAUACAAGCCUCAAAGAGGAAGACACAUAUAAUGAUGAGCCUGUUUUAUAGUACGAUUACUUUAGUAUACCGACCAUUAUUUUUAUCUUGGAAGGUCUCUCCCCUUAAGCCUCAUUUCUCCAAUUUUUAGGAUUCAUUCACACUUGAACUUGGGGGAAACUAUCUCUCCUUGGGGAGAGCACUUUCAUUGGCAUGAGGAGUCUUAUAAACCAUACGUGCUCUUCUGGAAUUCUGGGAAGAAAUGAAUGCAAAUGAGCUCUUACCAAGCUCUGCCUCUGAUGCCACCAGAUGUAAGGCAGCUAUCUUACAAGUCAAUGUUUAACCCUUUAAAUAGGCCUUGAGACAUGACUUGGAUAUAUAGGAUACCUUACAUCUGGUGACAUUAGAGACAGAGCUUGUUAGGAGCUCAUUUGUAUCCCUUCCAUUUACACUUAAAUACACCCAUGCAAUAACAAGCUGUUUUGUGGUCCAUGUGGUUUAGUAUUAUGUCCUUCAUAAUGCAUUGCAUAACACCCGUAAUUAGGUUAAUAUUCUGCUCUGACCUUAGAAACUUUGCUAUCUCCGUCAAGUCAUUUUAAGGUAUUGUCUGGUACUCGCCUUGUUGUAUAUAGUUUUUUUGGACAUUUCUAUUCUUAUUUUGGUGAAUUCUUAUGUAUUAUUAUUUGUACUGGGAAAAUAUCCAAUAAAUGGAACAGUCAAGAAAUAA